AAGUGCACUUUGUUGCUACUGUUUGUAGCAUGUGGCGCACACUGAUAUGAGGUCAACAAUACUAACUUUACUCACCAGCUGCUAAUACACGAAACGUGUACAUGUAAAUGCCACGGCGGGAACAACUGAACCGACAAAUACACUCAUGUUCGCAAAACAAGCGACAAACCGACCGUGUCCGUCACGGUGAGCUAGCUGCCACGAGGAUUACUAUGACAACGUCAGCCAGCACCGAGUGACGCGCCGACGAACGUGACCGUGGUCGUUCAUGUCCCCGUCGCGAUGGCCGCCCUGUGUGGACGUGUCCUGCUCCGCCGAGUGUCCGCAUUCAACACACGAACUGGUGUGACGCAGGUCGGGAGACUGCGCUGCACCGGGCCUCCUCUCCAGACGACGACACCCGGAAGCUCCCUGCGAGCCGGAGACACGCCGUUGACACUGCGGGCGACCGAAGCGAACACGAUGGCGAGUGAGGCGGACGGGGCCGGCGUCCCUGGCUCCAGGCGUCGGUCCGCUGAAGCUUCUGCUGAUGGAGGAGCUCGAGUGAAGAGGGUUUCUAUUGAAGGCAACAUCGCUGUGGGAAAGUCGACUUUUGCCAGACUCCUGCAGUCGGCCUGUCCAGACUGGGAGGUGAUGGCAGAACCUGUCAGCAAGUGGCAGAACAUCGAGAGCGGGACCUCGAAGGGGGCCGACGCGUCCCAGCAGACCACGGUCAGCAACCUGCUGCAGAUGAUGUACCAGGACCCCCAGCGCUGGUCGUACACCUUUCAGACAUAUUCGUGUAUGAGCCGGCUGAGAACACAGCUGCGGCCUCCUCCGGCUCGCCUGCUCAGCUCGGAGGGAACACCUGUCCAGGUGUAUGAGCGCUCAGUCUACAGCGACAGAUACAUCUUUGCUCUGAACAUGUUUGAGUUGGGUUGCAUCAACUCCACUGAGUGGGCUGUUUACCAGGACUGGCACUCUCUCCUGGUGGAGCAGUUUGGACACCAGGUGGAGCUGGAGGGCAUCAUCUACCUCACAGCCCCACCACAGAAUUGUAUGGAGCGUCUGGAGUGUCGGGGGAGGUCCGAGGAGAGGGGAGUGAAACUGGACUACCUGGAGAAGCUGCAUGUUCAACAUGAGAGGUGGCUUAUUGAGAAGAGCACCGAGAUACAUUUUGAGAAGUUGAAACGGAUACCGGUGUUAAAACUCGAUGCCAGUGUGGAUUUUCUGAGGGACUCUGAGGUGCGAGAGCAGUUUAUUACAAAGGUGAAGAACUUCUUCAGUACUUUGUGAGAAAACAGUCAUCAGCCAACAUGGAACAGAGUGGAACAGAUGAGAACAGUCGGGCCUCAUUUAGUCAAGAGUGUUAACUUACAUAUAAAUAGAUAAGAGCCAAUCUCAGUGAAGGAAAUAUACAAUAAUACAUAACAGACUUAUGCUAUAAUCUCUGCAUGACACAUGAAACACACAGGUUGAGUUCUCGGUGUAGACGAAUAUUCUUCGUCUUUCAGAAUGUUACAUUUUUUCCGCUUUUUGUUGUUUAUUUGUUUCUUGCUUUUAAGAGUCACUGGGAAGCUAUAAGAUUUACUUCUUUGACUGUGUGUUCUACCUAGAAUUUUAAGAACAAUUUCUCUCUCACAGCACAAUAAUUCACAUAUCCCAGUGACUGAAACACAGAUCAGUAAAAUGGAUUUAAAGCUUGUGUAAAUUAUAAAUUAAAUCUGUGCAAUUACUACUUUGACCAUUUGGAAACGUUGCUUGCAGUUUCUGUGCGAGAUGCUGUUUUAUACAUCCCUGACUGGCUGUAACAAGCAAAUAAGACUGGUGUUGUAUUUGUUUUUUAUUAAUAAAUCUAAAUCAUUCUUUUUUAAAA